AGCAGGGUGAUAUUUAAACACCAGCCCGAUGAGCUGGGAGCUGCAGGCUGAAGUGGCAGAAGACGCCUAGAGAACAGCAGAGAGCAAGAUCACUUCAGAGUUGCUUUUCGUCUCCUCUUCUCUGCCCAAGAAAAAAGCAAAAAUGGAUUCAGCUAAACUCUGCGGAUUCCUGACUGCCAGCUUCCUCCUGGUCACUUUGCUGGGGGACCCUACAGAAGCCUGCUCCUGUGCCCCCAGGCACCCCCAGUCUGCAUACUGCUACUCUGACGUUGUGAUCAGGGGCAAAUUUGUGGCCCUCAGCAAGGAGCGCGUGAACAUCUCUGCCGGAGAGCCUGUGUGGUGGAUGCGCCAUGAGAUCAAAACCACCAAGGUGUACAAGGGUCCUGAACACAUGCAAGAUGUCCGCUUCCUCCACACCCCUGCCAUGGAAAGCCUGUGUGGAUAUGAACACAAGUCCUCUCUCAAGGGAGAAGAGUAUGUCAUUGCAGGGAUGCUGGAUGGCGAUCGCGUCAUGAUCACGGCUUGCUCUUUCAUCCAACCGUGGGCACAGCUAACUCCUGCACAGAAACGAGGCCUGAGUUCAGACUACAACAAGGGCUGCAACUGCACGAUCGUGCCUUGCACUUCCCUGCCAUGUUCCGUUAACUCUGACAAUCAGUGCCUGUGGACAGACGGGAUCAUGUCCAGAAUAUGGGAUGACUUCCAGGCCAAACGCUUGGCCUGCCUGCCCCGGUCUGACAACGCUGGGCUCUGCACUUGGCAAUCCCUGAGCAGUCAAGGGCCGGGGUCCCUUCGCCGGACACAGUGACAUUCUUCAUGGACUCUGAUGGAGCUGGUGCUCCUCCCCCGUGAACAGCCCUCCCCCCCCCAUUUUCCCAUGUCGUCUGUUUCUAAAUAAACAUAAAUUCCAAAACA